AUGACAAUUUAUUGCAAAGGCGGGGAAUCAAAAGAGAGGAGCUUAUCUCUUCUGAUCACCGCAGAUGGUGAUGCAGCUUCAUGGAUCUGUUUUCGAGCGAAAUGUGGAUGGAGAGGCAGCACACAAGCCUUUGCAGGUGUGAAGUCAACUUAUGGAAAGAUGAACCAAAUCCCAAAAGUUAAGCAAACAAGAGAAAUUGUAGAGCAGACUUUGGGGUUGGAACCGUUGUGUAGCGAGAGGAGUGGAUCAAAGUCUAUUACUGAGAUGGAAGGAGAUAGACCUCUCAAUAGAAGAGUGAGAGAUGAUGGUGGUGUAUAUCAACAGGAAGAAUAUAUAUUAUCAUCUACCCCUUUGUUCAUUUUCUCAGCUGUAGGAGUCUCUGAGAGUAAAAUGCACAGAAAACUUGCUUUUAGGGUGCACACCAGCUAA